AUGGACAGAGCGGAGAAAGGUGAAGAAGAUGGAAGCAGGACUCUCACCUACAGUGGUGGCAGCGAGGACGCGCUACCUCUUGCCACCGCCCAGGACACCCUAAAUCCGCUCAACUGGCCAGCAUCAAGGAAGAGGCUGUUAUUCCUGGCACUGAUGUCCAGUUCGAUCUUGUGCGACGGUGGCAUGACUUGGGGUGCCACACUGAUUGUGCCUCAAGCUAUCGAGUGGAACUUGUCGAUUCCCAAAUCUGCUACUAGCCUGAACUACGGGAUUUUGCUGCAGGGCAUCGGAGGCGUGCUCUGCAUGCCCCUUAUCAAUGCCUUCGGCCGCUUGCCAUGCUGGAUCUGGCCGCAACUGGCGACAUUAGGGGUGGUCAUUGGCUGCUGCUUCGCCAGAUCUUUCGACACAUUCACGGCACUCCGUGCGUUGCAAGGACUGUUCGGAACGAUCCCUCAAGUCAUUGGCCUGCCCAUCAUUUAUGAUAUGUAUGCUCCGGAAGAAUGGCCGACAAUGAUCAACAUCUGGGGUACUUGCUUCCUUGUUGGACCUUUCCUAGGACCCGCGCUUGCCGGAUAUAUCAUGGAGGGUACCAAGGAUUGGCGGGCUGACUUUGGCGUUCUCGCUGGCUUGUAUGCCUUCUCCUCCUUUCUGGUCCUUCUCUGGGGUCGAGAAACAUUCUAUGACCAAGCGCGCCAGGUCCAGCAGACCAACAAGAUCAAAGCCUUAGUCGGCAUUGGCAAUACACGACUACCUAAGUUAAGGACAGUAGGACGUUCGUUGAUGGAGCUGCUGAGAUUGGCCUUUUGGACACCGCCGCUUCUCUUGACAGGACUCAGCACACUGGUCAAUUUUACCUGGCCUAUUGGCAUCACUGUGACUUUCGACACCUUCAUACACUCUCCUCCAUACCUCUUCGGGAACAUUAAUGGUGCGUCUAUGAGGUUCGCGCCCGUCAUUGGCGCUCUUGCUGGCUUCAUGAUCGGAUACUUCUUCAACAGAUGGAUCUACUACGGUGCUGGCGGGACGCGCCAAGCACAUUGGCGGCCAGAACAUCGUCUGCAUGGGGUCUGGUUUCCUGCUGCUUGCCUUUUCUUCGGCCUCCUAAUCUACGGGCUCACACUUGCCAACGGAAAGAGCUGGGUUGGGUUGGCAUUUGGAUGGUGCAUAACCGUCGCAGGUCUUGUCGCCUCCACAGUUGCCAUAACAGAUUUCGCACUGGAAAAGUAUCCCGAGCACGCCACCAAUGUGUCAGCGAUAAUCAACUGUUGGAGAACACUAGGCGGCUUCUCUGUGAGCUACUUCCAGCAGCCUUGGAUUGACAGGGAUGGUAAGGCUGUGGUCUUUGGAGUGCAGGCUGCUGUCGUGGGCGCCAGCGCAAUUCUUUUCAUCACGCCCGUGAUCCUGAUGGGCAGACGAAGGGCAAUGGCGAAGGCAGACGCAUCUGCGUGA